AUGGAGAAACGUUUACAUCGUCAGCUAAAGACCGCCCAGCGUGCCGUAGAAGACCCAGGAAACUGGUCGGACAACCUUCCUCUUGCACUCGUCGGCAUCCGCACAGCUUUGAAGUCGGAUCUGGGCUGUGGCGCAGCUGAAUUGGUUUUCGGCACUACCCUCCGACUGCCAGGCGAGAUGAUCCCCCUAACCUCUCGUGGGACCGACGAGACUCCUGACAAUGUUGUGCACCGUUUGGGGCAAUUUGUGCGCUCGCUUUCCCCUGUUCCACCUCGAGCUCCAAUGACUGAGUCUUAUGUCGAAAAAGACUUGGACAACUGUACUCAUGUGUUCGUCCGGUGUUACCGGGUGCGCCAGUCGCUGAAAUAACCAUACGAAGGACCGUUCCGCGUGCUCCAGCGCAACGCCAAGACCUGCCGGCUUCUUCGCGGUGACAAGGAGGACGUGGUCAGUUUCGAUCGGGUCAGGGCCGCUGUUGCAGAGGAGCCGCCGGACCUGGAACAAAGACAAAAUAUGCUGAUCCCCUUAUUCCUUUUCCUCUAUCUUCCCUAUCCUCUGUUCAGUCACCCUGCCUACUGCCUCGCCCUUCCCCUCCCUUGCUCUCUGCCCCUCCGUCCGGCAUACUUCCUCUCCCUACAUGUCAACAGCAUCCAACUGCAACAUCAUCGUCCACCAUAG